AUGGCUGUCAUUGCACCUUUCUUUCUCAAGUCCCGGGACAAAUGUGACCUCAUUGCUUUCCUGAGGGAAGUGGCUGCUGCUGCCCCUGCACUGCCAUUCUAUCACUGUCACAUCCCUGCCUUGACAGGGCUAAAGAUUCGUGCCAAGGAGCUGUUGGAUGGGAUCCAGGAGCAGAUCCCCACCUUCGGAGGGGUGAAAUUUAGCGACACGGAUCUCUUAGACUUCGGACAGUGUGUCUAUCAGUAUCGCCAGCGACAGUUCGCUUUCCUUUUCGGGGUGGACGAGCAACUGCUGAGUGCUCUGGUGAUGGGAACAACGGGAGCAGUGGGCAGCACCUAUAACUACCUGGGACAGAAGACAAACCAGAUGCUGGAGGCUUAUGAACGGAAGGACCUCUCUUCAGCCCUGGCUCAUCAGUUUUGUAUUCAGAGAUUUAUCAACUUUGUGGUCAAACUAGGGAUUUAA